CACCAGUAGGGGGCGCCCUCUUCCCCCGCGCCGUCCAAUGAGCGCGAAGCGUUUCGGCGGGAAAAGGGACGGAAGCUGCCGGAAGUGUCUCAGUUGGCUUCCGGCGGCCACGGGAGCCAUGUCGGAGCGGGCUCCGCUGCGGCUGCUGGCGCUGCACGGGUACCGGCAGAGCGGGCCGCGGUUCCGGCAGCGCACCGGGGCGCUGCGCAAGGCCCUGCGGGGCCGCGCCGAGCUGGUGCCGGUCAGCGCGCCGCACACCGUGCCCGGCGGCGGUGAGGACGGCAACGACGACCCCCCCCGCGGCUGGUGGUUCUCCGGGCCUGGUACCUUUGAGGCGGCGGAAGCGGCGGCGGAGCCGGCGGGGCUGGAGGAAUCGCUGUCGGCCGUGGCGGCGGCGCUGGCGGAGCACGGGCCCAUUGACGGGCUGCUGGGCUUCAGCCAGGGCGCGGCGCUGGCCGCUAUGGUGUGCGCGCUGCGGGCCCGCGGCGAUCCCCGCUUCCCGGUGGGUUUCGCCAUCCUGGUGGCCGGCUUUGCCAGCAGAGCCCCGGCCCACGGGCACUUCUACCGGGAGCCCAUCGCCCUGCCCACGCUGCACGUUGUGGGGGACACCGAUGCUGUCAUCGCGGCCUCUCUCAGCAGGGAGCUGGCGCAGUGCUUUGUGGAGCCUGUUGUCCUCAGCCACCCCGGCGGGCACUUUGUCCCUGCGGCUGCAGCACAGAGGAAGGCGUACCUGGACUUCUUGGACCGAUUCUGCCCUGCACAGGGACAGGCUGAGCCCUUGGAGGCUGGGACGGUUUGAUGACAGGCUCUGUAAUAAACGGUGCUGUAGCGA